AUAGCGACCCCGUCGCGUUCCGACCCGACCAGAGCACCCGACCCCACCCAGAAGAAGGAAAAAAAAAAUCCGAUCGGGCCUCGCCGCGCGCGCCGGCCACCGCCACCGCCACCGCUACCACGAGCGCCAUACUCCCCUCCCUCCUCGCCACCGUCGGCUCCCUCGCCACAGGCGCCGUCGCGGCGCUCGCGGCGGCGGGGGCGCACGCGGGGUCCCUCCCCCGCGCCCGCUCGGUGGCGUCGGUAGCGGCGGCGGCGGCCAUGUCGACGGCCCGCGUCUACGCCGACGUGAACGUGCACCGCCCCAGGGAGUACUGGGACUACGAGGCCCUCGCCGUCGAAUGGGGUGAGCAGGAUGAUUACGAGGUUGUGCGAAAGGUAGGCAGAGGGAAAUACAGUGAAGUCUUCGAAGGAAUUAAUGUGACAAAUGAUGAGCGCUGCAUCAUUAAAAUUCUCAAGCCUGUUAAGAAAAAGAAGAUAAAGAGGGAAAUAAAAAUUCUUCAGAACCUCUGUGGUGGUCCAAAUAUUGUCAAACUUCACAAUAUUGUCAGAGAUCAACAAUCAAAAACUCCAAGUUUGAUAUUUGAAUAUGUAAACAGCACAGAUUUCAAAGUUCUGUAUCCAACAUUGACAGACUAUGAUAUUCGAUUCUACAUUUAUGAACUUCUUAAGGCAUUGGAUUACUGUCAUUCUCAAGGAAUUAUGCACCGCGAUGUCAAGCCUCACAAUGUUAUGAUUGACCAUGAACUCCGCAAGCUUCGCUUAAUUGAUUGGGGACUUGCUGAGUUUUAUUUUCCAGAGAAAGAGUACAAUGUUCGGGUUGCCUCAAGAUACUUCAAAGGGCCUGAAUUGCUGGUUGACUUCCAAAGUUAUGACUACUCUUUAGACAUGUGGAGCCUUGGCUGUAUGUUUGCUGGAAUGAUAUUUCGCAAGGAACCAUUCUUCUAUGGCCACGAUAACCAUGACCAGCUUGUCAAAAUAGCCAAGGUUCUAGGUACAGACCAGCUUAAUGCUUACCUGAAUAAAUACAGGAUUGCACUUGAUCCCCAGCUUGAGGCUCUGAUUGGGAGGCAUACCAGGAAACCUUGGUCUAAGUUUAUAAAUCCAGAAAAUAGGCAUCUUGUCUCUCCAGAGGCUAUUGAUUUUCUUGAUAAACUUAUUCGCUUCGACCACCAUGACAGGCUGACCGCUCGUGAAGCUAUGGCGCAUCCCUACUUUGAACAAGUGAGGGCAGCAGAAGACUGCAGAAUGAGAACGUAACAUGAACGGAACGCCAUCUGCUGCUGUUGGAUUGCACUGGAAAUCUGUUGCAGAUUUGCUCCUUUGUUUUAUUCUAUUCUACUGAGGCAACGCAAAAGUUGUAGCAUGUUGCGCCUUAGGUCCGCUUGCUGCUGAGCGGUGCCUAACAUCCUUAAAUUUUGAAACACAUCAUAAAGUGCCGAGUCUAUAAAUCAGAUUAUCAGAGAUAAUCUCUUUUCAAAAAAGAUUCAGAGAUAA